UUUUGAGGCCAUUACCAUUGCACGUUUGCCCCUGUUGCAUCAAGCAAGACUUUGCCAGUUGUCGCCAUGAAGGGAUUCGUUAUUGUCAGCGUGAUCGCUCUCCUUCUCGUCGCCAUUGCUGAGACGCACAGAGGACAUGGCCGCCCUCACCUCUGUUUCAAAAAACUGUGUGACAGUGCUACCAACGCCACAGCCUGUAAGCCCUGUCUCAAGGAAGCCCAUCACUCAGGCAGUGUCGAUAGAGAGGUUUUGCGACCCUGCUUUGAGGACGCGCCAGGAGGCUGCUUUAACAUCAACACUGAAGACUUAAACACACUUAAGACCUGUGUCACCAACGCCAGUGAAGUUGUUGGAGCCUGCAUUGCCUAGUAGCUUUGCCUCCGGAACUUCUGCGGACAAUAUGUAGGACAAAGCAGCGGACUGAUUCUGAUAUUCUGGUGACCUCCUCUAUACCAACCUCAGUGUCUUUACGUCACUUAAGCUACGGUUUCUUUGACUUUGUAGUGAUUAAUAAACAGCAUAAAUAAUGA